AUGACAUUCAACCAGACACAAUACGACCAAAUAAAGAAAACAUUCAACGAUAUAGCAAAGAAAAUUUACAAUUACAAAUCAAGACAAAUUCCAAGCGAUCCUUGGAAAGAAAAUACUAUUACAGAAUUUUUGAUAUCGUUCAACAAUUUAAAAGUCUAUAUUAAAAACAAUUUUAAAAAUUUACAACAAACAGACCAAACUCGUUUUACAGACGCAUUAUUGACUUACGAAGACAAAUUCAUCGCUCGCUUGGCAAUAUUGGGGGUAACUUGUGAAAACUUACCACCACCAUUUGAUGAAAUUGAUCAAGCCUCAAUAAAAUCAAUUUCAAAGGAGGAAGCGCUAAAUAUCUCACAUUCUCAUGACAUUGAUUUCUCUGAUACGGAGAAUAAUUCGAAUCCAAAUACACAACCCUCAGGGAGUAACUCAGAUACCUCAACGGUAACAAAUAAUUCGAAUUCUGACACACAACCCUCGGGGAGUAGCUCAACUACCCCAACAGUAAAUCAUAAUUCAAUUUCAAAUCAACAACCACAACAAAUCACUCAUAACAACAUGGUCAUGGAAAAGGUCGCUUACAUGUCACUAAUUGCAGCCAAUAUUCGGCAUUCUUACAAUGGUGACCCGCUGAAGCUACAACCAUUUUUAGCAUCUAUUGAUUUAAUGAAAGAAAUGGCGGAAGAAAAUGUCAGCCUCCUCAGAGUUUUGACAAAAUUUGUUUUGUCUAAACUGGAGGGCUACGCGGCUGAAGUAGUACCGCCCAAUGCAACAUCCAUUGACAUUAUUGUUGACACUUUAAAAGAUAAAAUCCACCCUGAAGGUAGUAAGGUGGUGGAGGGCAAUAUGAUGGCCCUUCGUGUCGAAAAAGGAAACCUCCUUGAAUACGCGAAAAAAGCUGAAGAGCUUUCUAACGAUCUUAGACGCGCAUUGGUGAUGGAGGGUAUCCCCCUGGCAAAGGCAGAGGAGGUUAUCACAGAAAAGACUAUUGAACUCUGUCGAGCUAACACCAACAAUUCGGUGGUACGCUCCAUUCUGGGAGGCGGUCACUUCAAAUCACCAAAAGAAGUAAUCGCAAAAUACAUAGUUGAAACAAACACAACGAAGCAAGAAGCCCAGAUCUUUGCCAUGCGGAAAUUUUCGAAUAACCGCAAUCAUAACAGACACACCAACAACAAGACAAACAAUUAUAAUAACAAUAAUAACAGACAACAGAGACAAAAUAACUUCCAAGGGCACAGAUCCAACGGCGGAAACUCAAACCGCAAUUGGAAUUCCAACCAAAACCGAAAUUUUGGCGGAAAUGGCAAUGGAAACGGCCAAAGCAACGGUUAUCGCGGCCGAGGCCGUGGUAAUCAGCGUGGUCAACAAGGUGUGCGCGUAGUGGAAAAUGUCGGGGCAGCUCAGCGCACCCUGGGCGAAGCCGACAACAUCUAA